UUUCUGCUUCUCUCUCUAAAAUCUUCUAAUUCUCUGUUUCUCUCUCUAGAAUCUAUCAAUUUCCGAUUACUGAUUUGGGGUUUAACGGUAAGGGGUUUGGAAAAUCUCAGUUUUUUUGAUCAAGCAUUUCUGUAUUUUUGUUAUCUGAUGAUUUUGUUGAGUUUUGUUUAGUGUAAUUGUACUGUGUUAGAAUCGACGGUAUCUGUUGCAGUAAUCAAUUUGUGCGGACGGAAAAUAGUUGGGGAGAAGACCAGCAGUAUAUACAGUGACAGGAUAUAGUUUGUCAAUGGAGUAUGACAACGAAGAGCAUGGCUUUAUUAGUGUUCCGGCUCCUGAGUUUGGUGCAAUUUUUAUGUCAAAUAUUGCAACAAAGAGAGACUGCUUUAAACAUAAAGUCUUUGGCCUUCCAUCAUCCAUGGGUAAUUUUGUGAAGGAGGUCAAAAAAGGAAUGAUCCUGUUCCUAUUUGAAUAUGAAAGGCGACAACUUUUUGGAGUGUAUCGGGCUAUCUCAGAUGGUGGAAUGAACAUUGUACCCCAUGCAUUUAGUUCUUCUGGGAAGCAGUUUUCUGCGCAGGUUCGAUUUGUGCUGAUUUGGCGUUGUAGUCCACUAUCCGAAGAUGAGUUCCGUGAUGCCAUUAGGGAGAACUACUUUUCAGCAAGGAAGUUCCACUUUGGUCUGUCUGAUGAGCAGGUUCAUAGGCUUCUUAGAUUGUUUAGUUCAAGAAAGUUAAAGAAUAAGUUACCCCCGAGAAAGCUCACAACUGGAGUGGGCAAUGGAAUUGACGAAGACCAUAUAAUGGUCAAUAACAAAUCCUAUACAGCAAGUGGUGGCUUUGAUAUCAAACGUUCUAAUACUGAUUUAAGGCCUUCCCUGUCAAGAGGAUAUCCAAGGUCAUUCCAUGGAGUAAAAAGAGUUGCCGAUGACAUGUUUUCAAUUGAGCAUAGAGAGAAGGAUGAAGAUAUAGUUGAUUCUGCUGAACUUCUCUACUAUAAUGAUAAGAAGAGAAGAAUAGGUUAUGAUGAAGCAUUAUCAAGGGAUAAUGCUGCAGAAGAUAAGCUUCAUGUUCACUCCCCCACUGAAGAAUUAGGAUUUUCUGGAGAUGAUGAGUGGUCUUUGAAUGGCAGGGUAAAGAGGAAGCAUAAAAUCAACCUGAAUUGUACUCCUGCCCUCUCCAACUACAUGGAAGAUUCUGACCUCAGAAGAACAGUUCAUGAUGCAAAUUUAGUGGUAAGAGAUCAGAUAGUGAAGGAAAAUAACAUGGAUAGUAAUUUUGGUCCGGGCAGAUCAAAUGAGCAGAAUGAAAUGCCUUCAAACAAUGCUAGAACUAGACUUUGUACUCAUUAUGCAGGUUUUUUAAGGAACAAUCAUGUGGAUAAAGCACAUAUCAUGGAUAAUUCUCAUGAGCCUUCCCUUUCUAGGAAGAAUAGAAGUGAUCCCUUUUGGAAUGUUGGAACUGCAAGUGAUGAUUGGCCGAGUUCCUUGGAUGAUAGAGUAGGGGGGAAAAAGAGCCAUUUGGACCCUGAUAUUAAUUCUACAAUUGUGUCUGAGCGCUUUGUGAACUCACCCUACAAGAAAAAAGGAAUGCGUAAAGAUGGUAGAUUAUUCAGAAGAGAGAUAAGCAGAAAUGAAUCUAAGUUUCGUACACGUCUCAUAAGAGAGUUUGAUCAUCAAGAGGCCACUGAUGAUGAUGUAUGCUUCCUUUCUAGGCAUAAAGGAGCAAAUGAAAAAUGUGUUGACAGAUUUCUUAUCCCAACUGCUUCAAAUGGGAACUCCGCCUAUGCCGGAGAUGUAGGUAGACAAAUGGCUGAAGUUGGUAGUUAUCCAAUGGAUGAUUUUGAUGGGUUGGUCCCUGGUACAGAAAACUUUCAGAGGCCUCUCGCCGGGGCUGAUUGCACUGUGUACUCUCCAAUGAAGAAAAGAACCUCAGGGUACUCCACCAAGUUUCUUGCUGGAACAGAAUUUCCUCAGUCAACAGAAGGACAAAAUUUUGGUCCCUCUUGCUCUAAAUUUCAUGAUGCAACAAUUACAAGAGUCAUGCCAUAUAAGGAUGAGCUACCCAAUUCUUGUUAUGGACAUACCGAGACAUACGAAGUUGAACAGGGUUCAAACUUUGUGCGAGGGCCACCUUCUUCCAUUGUGUAUAGAGAGAAUAACUUUGCAUCAUCUAAAGGUAUAUCUUCUCCAUAUUCCCAUCCUGAAUUUACAACGAGGGGCCUGGAAUCAGCUUCUGAAGGUGGAAAAAUGGUUCUGCUUUCGCACGAUGGUUACAGAACUGCUUCCAUUCCAAGGGCAUCUAUUGUCCCACAGUUAACUAGGGAUGAUAUUAAUGAGGGUGAAACUUGGAGAUUUUCAUCUCAAGCUGCCCUUGGUUCAAUUGCUAGAAAUUUCUUUUCUGGUAAUUAUCAAUGUGCUGAUGAGGAGAUAGGUGAUGGGCAUGUUAUAUGGCAAGGGAGUGAUGCAACUCAUGUUGGAAGAAGAUCUCGCUCUCCUAACACUAGUUGGUUACUCCAAGGAAAUGUUUUGACAAAUCUUGACAACGCCUACAGACCUGGAACUGACAUAGUUAAUGAUGAAUACGAGAACAACAGAUUAACACAAGUUCAUUCUGAUUCCAGAAAUUCCAGAAAAAGUGUUUUUAGUCGCUUGUCUUUGGCUCCUAAAGUACAUAAGCUAAGAGAACACGAAUUUGAUUAUAGUAUGAGCUUUGAAGAGCAUUAUAUGGAUACAACAGUUGAUGAAAUCAUGGACUUGUUAUACGAGGAUCAGAAAAUUGUACCAAAAAAGCCAUUGAAUCGUAAACCAUUUAUUCGAAAAGUUGGAUCUGGUGAAACUGAUAGGUCAGGAAAACAUGCUGCAGUUGUCAAGAAUGAUGCAGAGCAGACUGCUGAUUCAAUGAUGAGAGUUCUCAAAGAAAGUGCAAAUGAAGUUCUUGAAGAAACCAUGAACCAUAUUCUGGCAGAGACCAGAAUGGUGGAUUUCAAGCGCAGGAGGGAGACAAAUCGAGCUUCAGAACAGACUACUGUUAAAUUAAACAAAGAAGAAGAGACAAAUGCUAAUGAAUACACAGUCCUUCAGAAUGCACUAGGAAACAGUUCUCAAACUGCAGUGGCUAAGGUUUCAGCUGAUAAGCCAUUCAAGCGUAGGAAGCUUGUGCGUCCAGCAUUUGAUGAGAACAACUGUAGGAGUGUUUUGAAUCACCAACUUCCUUGUCAGACACUUGCCACGGCUAAAACAGGGAACUCAGAUUCGAUCGAGUUUCAGUCCGCUCUCUAAUAAUUAAACUAUCUAGGUGAACAACGAAAUGAUCACUCCAUAGUCAUCAAGUUCUCCAACAUGCUUACUCAAGAGGCGGUUUGCAUAGACUGAAGCUUGGUAUAUGAUGAUGACGAGGCUGAACGAAGGCAGCGCCAUGAUUGUAUACUAAAAUCAUGUAGCAUACGACUGUUUUCAGAUCUUAUGUCGAUCUGCACCUCAAGUUUUGUGGAAGUUGGAUUUUGUUAUGCAAAUGAACAAAUUCACCCCUUGUGUAAAUUUGAUAUUUGCUUCCUUCAUUUUGUUCCGCAUAAUAACAUGUUAUU